CUCACAGAGUUCUGUUUAAAAGAAGUCAAUUUAUCGUGAGUUGGAGGUGCAGCAAAGAUUUCUAGUGUUUCUACAUAAAGAUGUCCACAGGGUGGCGCUGUGCUCAAACUGGUCCUCGGACUGAAGCGCGCUAGGUUUUGGGGUAACAAAGGUUCCUCACGCUGGAUGAAAGCUGUCAUCUAUCCUGGCGUGAAGUUACGUAGAGAACGUAGCUGUGGGUGGAUCUACUGCCAGGAGCUGGCUGGGUGAUCUCCGUCGGCGUUAGCCAGACAGGCUAGCAAUGACGGAUAGGAUUAUUCCUGCCGGAGUCUGGAUUGUGAGCCAGCAGACAUGAUUUUAUGGAGACCACCCUACAAGACCUGAGCUGAUUUGUCAGCCUUGUGUAGGUUUGGUUUUCACCCCCCAAGUGUCCUCUGGAUAUCAGCUGACCAUGGUGGUCUGAACAGAGGAAACAGCCUGGCACAGUGUGUUCACUUAGGCACAGCAAGGCUCAACUAACAGAGGAGCAGAGAGGGAACGGAGCAAAGAGGAAGAGCAUAUUCCAACACAAAAUGUCUGAAAACAGAGAACUCGUGGUUUUCUACAUAAACUAUAAACUCUCCCAGAGGAACUUUCCUCUCAACCACAUGGAACUCAUAGAGCCUCUGAACAGGACUGAUGGCGGGGAGGCAGGGUUGGGUGAGGAACAGCGAGUGGCGACGCACGCCAAUGGGACUUUUAACGGCAUGAGUCCUGGAAGUCCCCCAGCGUCCCCGCAUCGACAGCAACGGCCACCGUCGACGACGAACCUGGACGCAGUGAAAGAAGCCCUCCGGGACUCGGCCAACGAGUUUGAGCUGCGUUAUGCCCGCGCAUUCAGUGACCUGCACAACCAGUUGCACAUCACGCCGGCCACAGCCUACCAAAGCUUCGAAAACGUGAUGGAUGAGGUGUUCAGGGACGGCGUCAACUGGGGUCGCAUAGUAGGGCUUUUUGCUUUCGGCGGGGCGCUGUGCGUCGAGUGCGUGGAGAAGGAGAUGAGUCCGCUGGUGGGCAGGAUCAUAGAGUGGAUGACUGUCUACCUUGACAACCACAUCCAGCCCUGGAUCCAGAGCCAAGGAGGAUGGGAGCGCUUUGCCGAAAUGUUCGGGCAGGACGCGGCGGCAGAGAGCAGGAGGUCUCAGGAGAGUUUUAAGAAGUGGCUGCUGGCGGGGAUGACCCUGGUGACCGGGGUGGUCGUGGGCUCUCUCAUUGCCCAGAAACGUCUGUGAAGCAAGAGCCCCUCGACAACCUUCCUAUCACUCUUCUCCUGCCUGCCUCCUUCACUCCCCUCAACCGACACACAACAGAAGUUAAAAUGAAGGUCCUGUUUGUCUUGUCAGAACUGCUGAUGAUAUUUACUCUUUUUUGUUUUCCCCUCACACGUCCCACAGAGGACUAGGAAUCCUCAAAUGCUGUUGGACUUUUGAGAAAAAAAAGGAAAAGAGGAAGAGUCACUGUUUGCUCACCUUCUUCCACCCUGAUGAAAAUUCUGUGGUUAUACAGGAAGUCACAGGUUUUUCUUUCAUUCACUGAACCAGUUGUUCUUUUCUCCACUGGUUCCUGUAUUAUUUUUUUCCCUCAUGUUUGUAUUAGUUAUAACAAAUUUUGGUUUCCCAUAAUCGCACUCUAAAGAGGCUGAAACUGACUCCGGUCCUGUCUGAUAUAAAGAGUCGGAGCGCUGUGGGGCCCGAGCUGCUCUACGUUUUGUCUUGUAGCUUGUUGUUGCUCUUCCCCACAGACGGCUCUACAAUAGCUUUGUAUGUGCCAUAUGGAGAGUGAAAGCAGGGGAGGAUGUAGCACCUGCCCUUUCUGUAGUUCCCAUUUCCUGCCAGAUCACCGACACAUAUAGUAUAACAUCAUAAUCCUCUCCUCCUCACGCUUAUUGUUUUGUCUCGUCCUGUCCUUCUGUCCUUCAUGCUUAUCGGUUUUGUAUGGAUGAAAAACAGAUUUUAGGGAGUCUUAAAGUAAAAACCUGAUGGGAACAUAGCUCCUCUGUUUGUUUGUGUUUGCUGGUGCAUUUGGGUUUGGAUUUGUGAACCAUUAAAACCCCUCUGCCCCCGCUGAUGUGUGUUUUAUGGUCGUACUUGGCCUUGGUUUUAUCCUGUUUGUGUUUAGUUGACCUUCUGAGUGCCAGACCGCUGUGUGUGGCAACUUCUCAGAAUCAGUCUAACUCACUUCACACACACACACACACACACACACACACACACACACACACAUAUACAAGCAGGACGCCAUGCCUCAGACCCUCCAUGUUUACUACAUAGUAGCUGAAGAAUGAAGCAAAUACUGUAGCAGCACAUACAAUAGACAGAGCAGCAGCAGUCACAGCCACAGUCAGCAUCAAAGACUCUCUAGUCUUAACUGGCUUCAGGGUUGGAUAUUUGGAUGUUUUCAUUUUGGUAACGCUUUAUUUUAACCCCCUGUUUAGUAUUUAUAAGCAGUAUGUGGACAAUUACAAAGUGGUUUGUUACAUGUUAGGUUACACAUUAGUAAUAGUUGUGAGCAGGCAAGCGUUUGUUCACUUAUUUGUCAACUUCUCCUUAUGAAGCAUCCAUAACUGGUCUUUUAAUAAGUUAUAAUAGUGGAAACAGUAUGUUAAUAUAAAUAAUAUCCUUGUAUCAGUUUACGUUACAGUCUGUUAUAGACUGUCAAUUUUUAGUUUAUAGAGCAGUAAGAAUUGGUCGACUGUUGAGUAAAAUGGACUAAAAUACACUGGUUGCAGCUUCUCUGUGAGGAUUUGCUUUUUUUUUUCUUAAUUUAAUUAUAUAAAUUUGAUGUGAAUUAAAAAACUUUGAACUGACUGAUCUGGACUCAUCUGACACUUAAAAAAAAAAACACCUUUGGUGCUGGGAAAUUGUGGCAAAUGAUCCUGUCAGCUAAACAAUAGAGUAAUCAGGGCAAAAGACUGAUGAUGAACGUAACCUUUCUGAUUUUUUUGCUGCUAUUUGCUUUGUUGAUAAGUCGCAGUCACCAGUAGCACAUUCACAAAUCAGAUUGUGAGACUCUAAGUACUGAAAAGUUCUCCUCCUGGAGUAGGUAUUUGUAUGGCAGUCUAAAAUGGCUUUUGAAGCACUUAAUUUUCAACAAAAAAAAAAGAUUCUUUUUCAUGUGAAAGAAGGCUGUGUGAAAGCUUGUUUCAGAAAUUUGUGUGAUUGCAUUUGUGUGUGUUCAGAGAUGAGGAUAAUGAAGGACUGAACCACUUUAAAAGUUCAGUUGUUUUUUUUGUUAUUGUAACUAAGAUUUGUUUCCUUAACAACAAAAACAAAAUAAAAAACAAUUACACUGGUGUCAGAAAUUGGCCAAAUAGUUAUUUUAAACAUCAGUCAUCAGCUCGGAACUUCACAGUUGGUGCAUCACUUAUAAUCUUGAGUUGCAGCCAUAAUCAUACAAGGGGGGUUAAAAUACAGUGUGCGAGUCAGUUCAGUGUUAAUUUUGCAAUAAAAUCUUAAUCAUGUGCUUAAAGUGGAAAAUAUUUUUCCUGUAGUUUUCCUCUUUGUGCUAACUCAAUAAUCAUUCCUUAUUUUUGAACCUUUUAUUCAAAUCAUCCAUUUAUCAGUGACACAGAAAUACUUCACGUUAUCACCAGAGGGAACAUCAUAGCCUUUUGAAGAUUUAUGUAGCAAACCGAUGAAGCAGCUGUCUGUGAGGAGCCAACGCAGUUGUGCAUCAGAUGUUAUUUGAGUUAGAUUCGAUUUGAAAAGUGUCACGAUCUGUCUGUUUACCAUCUUAAGCGAAUCAACAACUGUCAGUGGCUGUAGAACCGUGAAAGUAGACACCCAAACCAUCGCAGUCCAUCUCGCACGCGCUCACUUCAAGUUAUCCAUGCGUCGCUUUCACAGUCCGCCCCUCCCUCGUCCUCCCCAGAUACCUCAAAUCUGUCAAGUCUCCAUCCAUCUCUCCUCCUCUCCCCUCUCCAUCCAGCUCCACCUCUUCCUCUGCGGUCCCCCGGCUGUCACUGCACCCAGUCACGUGUGUCAGUCACAGCUGGCCCACCUGCUGCUUCACACAAACACACCUCAGCACGCGCACACGUUGGUAACGUACACACCUGCCAGUCACAUGUAGUCCACGAGAGACGGGGAGAGGAAGGCCCCCGUCUUUGUUUCUAAACAUCUUCCCAUCUUUAAUUUAAAGCUGAAGUUGGAGGAGUGUCGUGUCGUCUGGCAUUUCACGCACUGACAACCGCCAGCUAGAUAGAUUUACUUGGAAGGAGUGGUGUACUCCUUCCUGUUCCUAGUGACACCCCUCCACUGCUGGUAUGUCAAUCAUGAUUGUGUGUCUCCAGCUAAUAGCAUGACCUGAGUUCUUUUCACCUUCUAUCAAAGAAGGGUUCAGCUGUAGAUUGGAUCCCUGUUAUGGAACCCAGGGAGUAAAACAAAAUCUGGAUUACCAUGUGAAUCGGCCAUCGCUACAUUGUCACUGUCCAGCUAUCAGCUGUGCCUGAUCGUCACAACAGGACUCAUCUCUCUUCAUCAGUGUCAACUUUCCAUCCAUCUUGUGCAUCUCCAUGGAUUUUUCUUUCUGAAUUUCUGAUGGUAACCUUUGGAACAGAGAUCCCACCAAAUAUAAACCAAACUGCAUUGACUAUUGAUGAGCAUCAUUGUCUAACUGCUUGUGUCCUGAGCAUUUUAUUAGCCAAGGUCUGCUCUCAUACAUUCCAGUACAGUAUAUAUAUAUUUUUCUAGUGUAUGCCCCAUUAAGAAGCUGCUCGCAGGCUUUUCUCUGCUGUCCUGGCCCUCACUGAAACAAGUUCUUUUCCUACAUAUAUGUGAGUGUGUGCAUAUAUAUGUGUGUGUGUGCAUAUAUAUGUGUGUGUGUGUGUGCGUGUGUGUGCAUGUAUGUGAAUUUCUGCGUGGCAAAAUUUUCUUGAAGGAGGCACAAAUGAAAGUGUGACAGCAUUGGCACGAUCCUAUAUAUAUGCUAGGUAUUUAAACUGAUUAGAGUAGUAUGUUAGCUUAGGAACAUAUUUAAGAAAAACAGAAUUGAUGGCUUUUAAACAUUAUUUAUAUUUAGUGUAAAAAGCAUAAUUGUGCCCCUUCAAAUGGCCUUAAACUCCAUCGUUGCAUUGAUGUGAACUGUCAUUCAUUGUGUUUUAUUAAGAUUAUUGGACUGCCACUAGACAAGAAAAUGCAAAGUAAGAGGAUAUUUUCAAAAAGUUAGAUCUCUGAUGCAUUCUUGUUGGUCAUAAAGAACACUGAGUUAAAGAUUGCAACUAUGUCCAAUGAUCUGUUUGUGUCUUAGAAUGCCAUUGUAAAAUCUUAAAUUACAUCGAACUCAAUAAAGCCCAUGUUGAAA